AUGGAUUCCUUCCAGCAGCAACAACAGCAGCAGCCCCGUGGCGCUUGCUACUCUUGCGGUUCUACUGGCCACCAGGCCCGCGACUGCCCUACCAAGGGUCCUGCUAAGUGCUACAACUGCGGUGGCCGUGACUGCACCGAGCCCAUGAAGGAUAACAAGUCCUGCUACAAGUGCGGCCAGCCCGGCCACAUCUCCCGUGACUGCCCCAUGAGCGGCGGCAGCGGCCAGGCUACCGAGUGCUACAAGUGUGGUGAGAUCGGCCACAUUGCCCGCAACUGCUCCAAGUCCUCCUACGGUAACAACUAUGGUGGUGGCUUCGGUGGUGGCGCUGGCAAGACCUGCUACUCUUGCGGCGGCUACGGCCAUAUGUCUCGCGAAUGUGUCAACGGCAUGAAGUGCUACAACUGCGGCGAGUCUGGCCACUACUCCCGCGACUGCCCCAAGGAGUCCGCUGGUGGUGAGAAGAUCUGCUACAAGUGCCAGCAGCCUGGACAUGUCCAGUCUCAGUGCCCCAGCAACUAA